GCCACAAGAAAGUGGAUGUUUACUGCGAUAUGGACACCGAUGGUGGUGGGUGGACGGUGUUUCAAAGACGAUUCGAUGGGUCUAUUGAAUUCAACAGGAGUUUUGUGGAGUACGAGCAGGGUUUUGGCUCACUGGAUGGUGAAUUUUGGAUGGGUCUGGGUCUUCUUUACUCCAUAACAAGCCGAGCUAAGAUGACCUUACGUAUGGACAUGAAUUCAUCAAAAGGAACAACUGGAUUCGACGAGUACUCGGGUUUUUAUAUUUCUCCACCAGACCAAUACAACUUCAACGUUGAUAGGAGGAUCAACUCAGCAGGAAGUACGUUAAUUAUUGAAGUUGAUAGGAGGAUGUGGUAGACAGCUAGAUCAAAUACGUCUGGAUAGAUCAUUGUAAUGAUAUGCCCAUUAUUUGAUUUCAUUAAUACAUCUGUUAUCUCACUUCCAUUAUAAUGUAGUUUUAAUACAGUUGGAUAUUAUAGCGCAAAUUUGUAAACAUUUAAAUAUCUACUUGUUUAGUUGUUUAUAUUAUCACCAUAUUGUUAAUCAACACUCAAACCUCUUUCUAUUAUUGAUAUGAUACUGAUAUACAUUGUCCGGUUCCUAUCUCAUCUCUAACACCGGUGAUUAUGGUGAUAUCAACCACCAGCCAUUUUCAACAUACGAAAGGGACGUGGACUGUGCCCGAACCUGGGGAGGAGGCUGGUGGUACAAUAGAUGCACGUACAGUAGCCUGAAUGCACGGAACAAUCGCAGGUUUUAUUACUUUUCCUUCCAAGGGGGCAGAAGGUUGAAGACGUCAGCAAUUAUGCUACGAUUGAGUAGUUAAGAUUUAAUCGUAGUAUUUGAUGCAUUUCAUUUUGGUUUGCGAAUUCAUUCAAAGAGUGUUUCUGAAUUAUGAACUUGAUGCUAUGUUUUAAACACAAUCAUCUAGUUUAAGCAUUUAAGAUAAACAUACCUGCCUUUUCCUAACGCUAUGAAAUGUGCAAAUUGAUUUCUAACUCAAACAUGUUCGUGUUUUGUGAAGAUAGUGAUUCAAACAAUUUACAAGUCAUUUAGAAACUCUCUCAUAGACUGCAAAAGGCAACACGCGGGUAAAUUAUUUGAAUUAGUGUGGCCAAUACAUCCAGGUGAAGAAAUUUUGCAUCGUUUUUUUAUUAUAUUGGUAAUCUUGUUUUAGUAAUCAUUUAUCACAAUUCAUCGGCAGAAUGUUUUUAGGAUAUAGACAAUCUCGCUUUAUUCAAUACGAAAUAGUAAAUAAUUUUAUUAAAUAUCGUAUUGUAUGACCAGGAAGUGAGAUUCUAGUUACAGCAUUAAUACUUAUUUGCAAAUUUACAGCGCCAAAACACAGCCAUUUUUAACGAUAUAAUUUUUUUACGUUUCGUCACUCGCUUUGGAUAUUUAUUACACUAUUUAAUAUCAAAAAUAUAAUAUGAGUCUUUUUAAGGAAUGAAUUGCCGGAUUAAUGUCAUUAUCGGGGUAUAAACGCAGUUCGGCUGAUUAAAGUAUGUGAAGACCGAACAUGACAUAUGUUCACCAAUUCAUCACUUAUAUUAACACCAAUAGUUCAUUAUUUCUGUCAAGAACUGUAAAGAAAUACUUCUUAUUUAAAAAAGUGAUUAUUGCUCACCUAUUAUGUUAAUUGACCGACUCGACCGCAACCGAAAACAGUUUAUCAUAUAACGUAACAAUAGCUUUCAAAAUAUCUUUUUAACGUCAAAAUUGAAACGCUAAUGACAACAAUGCAUAAAACAUUUAAUAACAAUAACAAGAUAAACAAUUUCUUACAUGUUGAUUUAAGUUCUUUUGUGGCCUGGUGGCCCAUUAAUAACAAUAACUAGAUAAACACUUCCUGACAUGUUGAUUUAAGUUGUUUUGUGGCCUGGUGGCCUAUUAAUAACAAUAACAAG